GACGAUGCGUUGACUGAGCGGAGGAGAAGAAGAAAACCUCUCCCAGCCAGCCGUCCUGCCUGCUGCAUGGAGGAGAAGCACAGGAGGAAGAGGAGCAGAGAAGAGGCUUGACAUCUGACCUCUGUCUUCUCUACAACAAAAUGGGUCUACAUCAUUCUGGUGCUGAUAUCUUUGGGAUCCCUGACACCUAAACACUCUUACCUCUAGCUGAGCAGGACCAUCUCCACCUUGCCACCAGCUAGUCUGAACCCUAAGUUACUUCCCAUCCCGUCCUUCUCUCCACCAUCCACCAUGUCAGAGGGGCUACUGCAGGUGGAGAUCCCAGACUUUGGCAGCAGUGUGCUGGGCAGCCUGAACGAGCAGAGGCUGAUGGGUCACUACUGCGACGUCUCCAUCCUGGUGCAGGGUCAGGCCUUCAAGGCGCACCGGGCUGUCCUUGCUGCCUCCUCUCUCUACUUCAGAGACCUGUUCAGCUCUGCAGCUGACUCCUCUUCCUCGUCCUCUUCAUCCUCCUCCUCCUCAUCCCAGGCCGUGUUCGAGCUGCCGUCUUCAGUCACGCCGACAUGUUUCCAGCAGAUUCUGUCGUUCUGCUACACUGGGCGACUUAGUAUGGCUGCAAGUGAGCAGCUGGUGCUCAUGUACACUGCCGGGUACCUGCAGAUCCAGAACAUCGUUGAGCGAGGCAUGGAACUGAUGAUGAUGAAGGCCUCCUCCUCCUCCUCACCUCUCUGCUGUGACUCACAGACAACCUCAGCAGACGAGCUCGGGGGCUUCGACACCCAGAUGGUUCAGCAGCAGAACAGCGCCCCCCAGCUGCAGGAGGCCAGUCCAGACCAGCCAGCUCUGAGCCCAGAGGAGCUGCUGCUGGCUGUCAGCAGGAUCAAACAGGAGAGAGCCGACACUCCUCCUGCUGAGGAGAACGGAGGAGGAGCUGCAGCAGGAGGAGAGGAGGGCAGAGUUGACAUGGCUGGGGAACUCCAGUCCUCUAGGAGCAGUGCUCUGUGUUACCUGGGUGCAGGUGGAGGUUUGGUUCCAGGGCUGCAGUCUUACCUGCUGGCAGGAGGGGGACGCUCCAGUCCAGGAGGCUCCAGUCUUCCCACAGACUCCCCACCCUCUCACCCGGCCACUGAAGAGGAGCUGGAGGAGGAUUACUAUGGGAGCAGCAUCCACCCUGGACUCUAUCAGCACAUCUAUGGGCAUCCUGGAAACCCCUACAUCCAAGAGAAGAUGGAGACGCUGUCCCUCCCGCUGGCUAAUGAACGUCGACCCUGCGUACUGGUUGGUCGGGACAACAUGGCUCUCCCUGCUAGUUUGAUUAGUCAGAUUGGGUAUCGCUGUCACCCAUCGCUCUACACCGAGGGAGACCCUGGGGAGAAGGUGGAGCUGGUGGCUGGUUCAGGUGUGUUUAUGACUCGAGGUCAGCUGAUGAAUUGUCACCUGUGUGCCGGAGUCAAACACAAGGUGCUGCUCAGGAGACUGCUGGCUACCUUCUUUGACAGAAACACUCUGGCCAAUAGCUGUGGGACAGGAAUCCGCUCCUCCACCAAUGAUCCAAGCCGAAAGCCCCUGGACAACCGAGUGUUAAACACCGUCAAACUCUACUGUCAGAACUUUGCUCCUAACUUUAAGGAGAGCGAGAUGAACGUCAUCGCAGCCGACAUGUGCACCAACGCCCGCAGAGUCCGUAAACGCUGGCUCCCAAAGAUCCAAUCCCUCCUCCCCGACAGCCUCCCUGCCACCAACUCCUCACACCCCCGCAAAGCUAAAAGGGGCGGAGGAGGAGGUCAGGGAGGAGAAGCAGCAGUGCAGCCCAGCAACAGCCCCUUCGAGCUGGAUCUGCGGCAGCUCAGCGCCUCCUACCUCGGCCUGGAGGCUCCACUGUAUGCUGAGCAGCGUGAGAGGGAGGCAGCGAGGGAGAGAGAGAGGGAGAAGGAGGCCCCAGCCGCCCUCCUGCCUCACCUGCAGUUUGCUGGGUCCCGCGGGGGAGGAAGCGGAGGAGGAGGCGCAGGUGGAGCGCAGGCAGAGGAGGGGCUUAUGGGGGGAGAAGUAGAUGGGGGAGGAAGAUCACAGACUGAACAACCUCCAGAACUCCCCCUUUCUCUGUCCUCCUCCGCCUCUUCCUCAUCCUCCUCCUCACAUCCCUCCCCUCAACCUGCAGAGCCCGCCCCUCCACAAAGGGGAUCGGCUGAAACAGAUGAGAGAGGGGCGGAGCCUCUGGAAGACAGCCAAUAAGCUUUCUAUCGCAUCUGCCUACCUGUAUGUAAAUAACACAAAAGCUACCUGUCUCCAACCUACCUGUCUGUCCUCCUGUCUUUAUCCAUCUGUCCUCUUGUCCAGCCUCCUGUCCUUCUUUAUCUGCCAGUCAGUGCACCUGUCUAUCAAACACCCACCUGUCUAUCCUCUGCUUAUUUGUCUUUCCUCCUGUCUGUCUCUCUCAUCUACCUGCCUUGUCAGUCCUGUCCCUACUUUUUGCUUGUCUUUCUAUCUGUCUGUCACUCUUUAUCCGUCUCCACAUCUUUCUUAUUGUCUUCUUCCCUGUCCCAUCCUGUCUGUCCAGCUUUCCUCCUCCAUGUCUGUCUCUCACCUGUCUGUCUCUACCUGUCUCUCUGUCUUUUCCCCUACCUCACUACCUAACCACUCGUCUACCUCUACCCCUCAGCCUGUCUACCUUUCUGUCCGACCUACCUCUGUCUGUCUGUCUGUCUGUCUGUCUGUCUGUCUCUCUGUCUGUCUACUCCUCUACCUGUCUGUCCUCCAAUCUGUCUGUCUGCUCGGCUCUGCUGCAUGUUAACAGCCUACUGCAGUCCAGCACACAGGCCCAUAGCAACAGGACAAAUGAUGAUGAUGAUAAUACUCAC